AUGAUGAACCAACUACUGCGACGACAACGAUUGGUCUUCUUUGAAACAACAACAGCCAUGCGGUGGAGAAGUGGUAUCGGAUCUUUAAUGAAUGAACAACAUCAUCAUGAACAACAUGUAUUCAAGAAGAAGAAAAAUCAAGUAGGAGGUUUAUUGGGUUGGAAAUUUCCAAACAUCAUUCCAUCAUCAAAACAUAUCCAUUCAAUGAUGAUGAUGAGUGGAGUGGAAGCCUCACAGCAAAUUCGGAAUUUCAAAAGUACUACUCUACGAAAUUUACAAGCCACUCAAAGCAGCAGCAGAACAAAUCUUUCACAAGUGAAUCAGGUCGGAACGACGAAUCCUUUAACAGCAUCUUCAAAACAAGAGCAACAAUCACACUCAACACUCUUUAAAAAAGUGUUGAAAAUGCUUAAAUUAUUAGUCUUGUUGGAAUUGGGUCUAAUUGGAUUGACAGCGUUUUUAUAUGGAGCCAUGAAAUUUUGCAUUUGGUUGUUUCAUUUCUCAGAUAUUGAAAAUCCAUACAGUCAACUGUAUAACAAGAAGUUAUUGGAGUUGUUGACGCCUGUCAUUCAAUUAUUUGAAGGAAUUGAUAGAUACCUUAAAACAAUGUCAACCAUUUUAAUCAUUGGCUUGGAAUAUUAUUGGUUAUUGACAACUUCCAACAUUAAUCCACAUUAUUGGUUUACAGAGAAACCAGACAAAACCUCUCUAGAAUUCAUUGAAAAAAAGAAACAAUUACAUACCAAGUCUGCACAUCGUCUACUUGCUCUCUUUUCUGAAAAUAAGGGAGUUUACAUCAAAUUGGGGCAACAUAUUGCCUCUCUAGGAGGCUUCCUGCCAGACGAAUACAUUCAAGUACUAUCUGUGAUGCGAGAUCGAGCUCCAACCAUCGCAUUCGAUAAUGUUAAAAAAAUUAUUUAUCAAGAUUUUGGAAAAACUGUUGAAGAAUUAUUUGAAUAUUUUGAUCCAAAUCCAUUAGCUUCUGGGUCUAUUGCUCAAGUCCAUAGAGCCAAGACAAAAGACGGAAAAACUGUGGCUGUUAAAGUCCAAUAUCACUUUGUGCGAUUUUAUUUCGCAGGUGACAUGUAUACGAGAGAGGCAGCGACCAAAUUGAGCAUUCGUCUCUAUUACAUGCAAGAGGAUCCAAAAAAUAUCGAUGAAUUAUUGGAAGUGAACGAUCAAUUUAACAAUGAAAUUAAGGACAGUUUGAAUUCAGAAUUGAAUUUCCUGCAUGAAGCUGAAAAUGCAAAACUUGCUGCUGCUAAUUUUAAAGGAUCUCGCCCUGAUGUCUACAUUCCAAAAGUUUAUGACGAUUUAACAAGUUCACGAGUGUUAACGAUGGAAUUUAUUGAAAACGCUUGUAAUGCCAAUGAUGUCGAAAGAAUUCGGCAAAUGGGCUUCAAUGAGUCUGACAUUGCUCGACGAAUUAUUUCCACUUUUGCCGAGCAAUUAUUCAUUCAUGGCCACUUGCAUGGAGAUUGUCAUCAAUCGAACGUAUUUGUGAGACAAAAUCCUAAAAAACCGUCAGAGCCACAAAUUGUGAUUCUAGAUCAUGGACUUUACAAACACCUAGGAGACGACUUUCGGCAAAAAUAUGCUCAAUUUUGGAUCUCUAUUGUGUUAAAUGACAAGAAAGGAAUGCAUGAGUACUGCCGUUCGUUAGGUAUUAAUGAUUACAAAUUAUAUGCUUCCAUGAUCAUGAUGCAAGGACUUGAUAGCAAUGGAGAAUUAUCUGCUUGGUCAGAGAAGCAAAUGACUGAGGAAGACUUUGCCAAAUUUAGUGAACAAUUUCAAUCAAAAAGAAGUGAAUUUAUGAAUAUUUAUAGACACAUGCCAAAAGAAAUGCUUUUAAUUUCUAGGACUGAUAAUAUUCUUCGUUCUCUGAAUAGAGAAUUGGGAGCACAGGUCAACCGUUUCUCGAUCAUGGCAAGAAUUGCAGCUAAGGGAGCCUCCAUGAAAACCAGUGAGAAUUUACAUUCAUGGUCUCAAAGAUUUAGAAGAUGGCGAAGUGAAAUGUAUUUUGAAUUUCGAUUGUUUGUCAUUUCUGUACAGACAUGGUUUAUAUCGAUCAUGUCUUGA